UUUGGGUUGCUACCUGAAUCUACCUCUCUCAGAUUGCAAUCCUUUACUCAAGUAAAUGCUUUUCAUUCUUUAUUACAGCCGGAACCUCUUCUUUGGUUAACACUAGCAUGGCUUAGUUUAGCCUGCCACCAAACACUGGAAAACAACAGCAUUAGUUGCCCUGAGUAACCCCAGAGUGCACUGGACCAUUUCGUGUAUGCCACAUAUGACCUCCUGGUACUGCUUAUGGUAAAGAAUGUCAGUGAGCAAAGGAUUGCUUGGAUACAUCAGUUGGGAGCAAACAGUAGCUAAGGCCAACAAAGACUGACCAAAUCCUGGGAAAAGAGCACAGAGUUUUGUUAGCUUUCAUUGCUGCUUAAUUGAACCCUCACCAAGAGUGCAUGCACACACGCGCGCUCACGCACACACACACACACGAAAGAAACUCACAAGAGACACAGUAGUAAACUAAGAUGUCAAGCUCAGAAUGAAAAUUAUCACCAAUCGACGCCUACGAUCUCGAUGAGAGGGAGGCUCCGAACGAAUAAGGCAGAGAAUGGGAUUGGGGGCAGACGGUUGAGAGGCCCGGGUUCGAGACAGAGAGCUUGGGGGUGGGGGUAGGAAGAAGGACCUUCCCGCGGCGUCCGCUUCGCGCCCCCGCAAUGUCGUCUGCUCCCACCAGAAGGCGCCCGCAUUCCCGGCGCCUAGCCUGAGCCUCCGCGGUAACGAGCCUGGAAGCCGCGCCGCGCUGCGAUCUGAAGAGUUGGGCGGCGGCCUGAGCCCUCCCGGGCAAGUGGGACAGGGUGCAGGGGAGCCCCGGCUUUGUUCCUGGGGCUGGUUUCUCAGCUCCGUCCCCGACCCUGGAAGGAAACGCCCAGAACCACCCCAGCGCCGUAAUCUACAAAGCCCAGACAGUCCGAAGGCAGGAGGGGUCGGGAGCGCUCGGGAGACAGAAGGAUCCCCCUCCUACGCUCUCAGGCUCACGCCCGGCUCCCCCCAUCAGGCCUCCUCCAGCCCCAUGAGGACCCCCAGGCCGGGCUGAGAGUCUGGCGCAGCCGGGACCGAAAUCUUGCGGCGGCCUUAGAGCGUUAGACAGCUGCCCGAGGCCACUCACCGGGUCAACUCCGCCGGGGUCGUCCAAUAGCACGGGCGUGAUUCUGCAUUUUUUCAUGACAGGCAAGGUCUCUUGCAUCAAGAUGCUGGGCCUCGGGUGCGAAAGGAGACGGAGAUGCGGGAGAGGACGAGAAGAAAGGAGGCCGGGAGACCCAAGGCCUGGAGAGUGGGGGGAGGACUGGGGGGAACGAUUCGCUAGGCAAAUCCUGGCGCGCAAGAUGUGGAGAGUGCCCUGGGGAGCGGGGUUGCGGGGUGUCAAGGGUCCACCCACACUUUCACUCCCCACCUUUCUCCCUCACCCACACACGCCUAACCGCCCACCCAGGAUGCGGCUGGGCCGCCGGGCCCUCUGUGUGCUGGUCCUGCUGCUCGUCUGCGCCUCGCUGGGGCUUCUGUACGCGAGGACCCGGGACGCGCCGGGCCUUCGGACACCUCUUGCUCUGUGGGCGCCCCUGCAGGGACCCCCCAGGCCAGAGCUGCCAGACCUCAUCCACGAGCCCCGCUACGCCCACAUCCCGGUCAGGAUCAAGGAGCAAGUGGUGGAGCUGCUAUCUGGCAACAACUGCAGUUGUGAGUCUAGUGUGGGGAGCCUUCACCUUCCCUUCCAGAGGCAGGUCCAAGCCAUUGACUUCACCAAGGCCUUUGACCCUGAGGAACUGAAGGCUGCCUUUGCCUCAAGGGAGCAGGAGUUCCAGGCCUUCCUUUCAAGGAGCCAGUCUGCUGCUGACCAGCUGCUUGUAGCCCCUGCCAACUCCCCACUACAGUAUCCCUUGCAGGGUGUGGAGGUACAGCCCCUCAGGAGCAUCUUGGUGCCAGGGCUGAGCCUGCAGGCUGCUUCUGGUCUGGAGGUAUACCAGGUGAACCUGACUGCCUCCUUGGGGACCUGGGACGUGGCAGGGGAAGUGACUGGAGUGACUCUCACAGGAGAGGGGCAGCCAGAUCUCACCCUCACCAGCCCAGGGCUGGACCAACUCAAUCGGCAGCUGCAACUGGUCACUUAUAGCAGUACAAGCUACCAGGCAAACACAGCAGACACAGUCCGGUUUUCCACCGAGGGACAUGAAGCUGCCUUCACUAUUCGUAUAAGACACCCCCCCAACCCUCGGCUGUACCCACUUGGGUCUCUACCCCAGGGAGCCCAGUACAACAUCAGCGCUCUGGUCACCAUUGCCACUAAGACGUUUCUUCGUUACAACCGGCUGCGGGCACUCAUCGCCAGCAUCCGCCGCUUCUAUCCGACCGUCACUGUGGUCAUCGCCGACGACAGCGACAAGCCAGAGAUCAUUAGCGGUCCCCACGUCGAGCACUAUCUCAUGCCAUUUGGCAAGGGUUGGUUCGCAGGCCGGAACCUGGCAGUGUCCCAAGUAACCACCAAGUACAUGCUAUGGGUGGACGAUGACUUCAUCUUCACCGCGCGGACGCGGCUGGAGAGGCUUGUGGACGUGUUGGAGCGGACGCCACUGGACCUGGUGGGGGGCGCGGUGCGAGAAAUCUCGGGCUUCGCCACCACCUACCGGCAGCGGCUGAGUGUGGAGCCGGGUGCACCAGGCCGCGGGAACUGCCUCCGGCAAAGGCGCGGCUUCCACCACGAGCUAGUCGGCUUCCCAGGUUGCGUGGUCACGGAUGGCGUGGUCAACUUUUUCCUGGCGCGCACGGACAAGGUGCGCGAGGUGGGCUUCGACCCCCGCCUCAGCCGCGUGGCGCAUCUAGAAUUCUUCCUGGAUGGACUUGGUUCCCUUCGGGUGGGCUCCUGCUCCGAUGUCAUUGUGGAUCAUGCAUCCAAGUUGAAGCUGCCUUGGACAUCAAGAGAUGCUGGAACAGAGACGUAUGCCCGGUACCGUUACCCAGGGUCACUGGAUGAGAGUCAGGUGGCCAAACACCGCCUGCUCUUCUUCAAACACCGGCUGCAGUGCAUGACCUCAGAGUGAUGGCCACUUGGGACCUUCCAACUGUCAGGCUGGGCCUGCCUCCUUGUCCCUGCCGGGAAUUUCUAUCAAACCCACUACCCUGUGAACACUCCACUGACUGUCCUGACCCCCCUUCAGAACCCGAUUCCUAAUAGGGGCUUGUCCUGGUGACACUCCUCCUUUCUGUGAGUGCCCAGGGGCGUGAUGGAGCCAUAAUUCGUCCCACAGCCAGUGCCAAGUCCUCCCCCGACCCCUUAUCAUGGAGGUGGGGGUCGUUUUCCAAGUGCCAAAGAGCCCAUGGGGACUCUACGAACCUAAAGUGGAAACACUUAUCUCCUGGGGACCGAGGGGGUGGGGAAGCCCUCA